AUGGAAAAUAGUGAAAAUACCGGUGAGGACAUCAAAAUAACUGGUGGUCGAGUUGGUGCUGGUUGGAGCAUAAAGAAAUUGAUUGCUAAAAAUGGUGUUAUCAGUCACAACAUUAAGAAUGGUUAUAAUAAUUGUUUGGUUUUGGGCUUAUUGAAUGUUAGAUCGAUGAUUUCUAAGGUGGAUAGCUUGUACGAAUUAAUCUUCAAUGGUUUAGAUAUAUUGGUACCAACUGAGACCUGGCACGGAUUACCUGGUAAUGUUUCUGUCAAUUUAGCGAUGCCACCCGGUUAUCGAUUUGUGGAUUUUGUCCGACCGCAUGAUCCUGGUCACGGGAGUUUAAUUGUUUACUUUUGUUCUGAGUUUAUCUACAAAAAGAUUGGUUUACCGUUGUUUGCUACCUUUAAGGUAAUCACAGUGAAACUUGUGAUGGGCGAUAAUGAUUACAUUAUGGUUGCAAUAUACCAACCUGGAUCGGUUCAAAUAACUGCUUCAUUGUUCAGUGAAUUUGUUUCUUUAUUGGAGAAUAUUGCAAUCUGCAUAACUAUAUUACAGAAACAACUCAUGUACUUGGUGAUAUGUUAUCUGGUCAUCAGCUUGCACAACAUUUCGGUUUUGGAAACAACCGUUUUUCCUAGUGAAGUAUAUUCAGACCAUAGUUUUAUUGAAGCAAAAACAUCUGUGCCUAAAAAACGUCGUGAAUUCAUCAGAAAACAAUUCCAGUUAAGCAGGUCUCGGGUAGAAAUGUUUAUGCUGCUUCCUGGUUUGAUAGAAAUUGUCUGCAGGAAAAGCGACAUCGCUGAAAGCUGGAAAGGCUUUAAAGGAAAAGUCCCUCAGAUACAAAUUGAGUAG